GAAGAAGACGCGCUGAGCCCUGAUUGGCUGUUCGCAGGCACGUGCUGUUCAUGAUGGCGGCGGAUCCAGCGCGAGCGUGGAGCGACGAGCAGCUCAAGGGUGAAGAAAUACCGAAAAGAGAGCUGAUCACAUUCAUCCAGGAGAACGCAGCGCACUCGUUUCUAUCUGAACACAAACUUCUUGGAAACAUCAAGAAUGUGGCAAAAACAGCCAAGAAAGAGCAGCUGAUCGAGGCGUAUAACCAGCUGUUUGAGAGCAAGAGGUUUAAGGGCACGGAGGUGGACGCCGUGACUGAACAGGUUCAAGCUGCUAAAAUCAGCGACGCUCCCAAAGAAAUCAAGACCGAGCCGGUGGAUGAGGGGCCUCCGAAGUUCACAAAGACCAUCCUGAAGAAAGGAGACAAGACCAACUUCCCCAAGAAGGGAGACACUGUGAGCUGCUGGUACACGGGGACGCUGGAGGACGGGACUGUGUUCGACAGCAACAUCCCUGCUACUGCAAAAAAGAAGAAGCAGACCAAGCCUCUGAGCUUCAAGGUCGGGUUGGGCCGAGUGAUCCGAGGGUGGGAUGAAGGGCUGCUGGUGAUGAGUAAAGGUGAGACGGCGCGGCUGGAGAUCGAGGCUGAAUGGGCUUAUGGGAGGAAAGGUGUUCCUGACUCCAAAAUCCCUCCCAACGCCAAGCUGAUCUUUGAGGUGGAGCUCGUCUCCAUCGAUUGAUUGAUUGAUGAGGUGUUCAUUAUAACAUGAUGGAGAUCCUUAGAAACCUUGUUCUUCAGUCUGACAGGAAAACUUUUCUGACUAUUUUUGCAUGAUUGUAAAGUUCCAAUAAAAGACAAACCCUGAACAAA